CGGAUCUUCGCUUUCACAACAGUGAUGCGGAUCAUCUGCUUGGUAUUAAGCGGGUUCUUGUGAGCGAUCAUCCAGCCAUAAAAUUGGGCGUAUUUAUACAGGUAGCCCCUACUCACUCUUUUGUUCUCCCAUUUCAGAUUUCCUCCAGCACAAGACUCUAGAAUCCACAUAAAUCAUUCGUCAAACUACCACUUUCUCAAAUAUACUAUAACCUCCCACCCUCCCCCUUUGUCAAGACCAACUCCAAAGCCCACAAUGUCCAUCCACACACCCCUCUGUUCAAUGCUCAACAUCCAACACCCCAUCCUGCUGGCAGGAAUGGCCCGCGCAUCCGGAGCACCACUUGCCGCAGCGGUCUCCAACGCCGGCGGUCUAGGAACCAUCGGCGGAUUAGGCUACACCCCCAAACAGCUAUCAGAAAUGUUAACGGAGCUCAAAUCCCUCUUGAAAGACCCCUCUCUACCCUUCGGGGUUGACUUGGCCCUACCGCAGGUCGGGAGAGGAGCACGGGCCACGAACCACGACUAUACGCACGGGCAGCUGGACCAGCUCAUCGACGUUGUGAUUUCGCACGGGGCCAAGCUGUUCGUGUCCGCUGUCGGUGUUCCGCCCGAACGGGUCAUCAAGCGUCUCCACGAUGCGGGAAUCCUCAUUAUGAAUAUGGUCGGGGCGCCCAAACACGCCGAGAAGGCGUUGAAGCUGGGGGUUGAUAUUGUGUGCGCCCAGGGUGGCGAGGGAGGGGGGCAUACGGGCGAAAUCCCGUUUUCGGUGCUCGUCCCCGCGGUGGUGGAUGUGGCUAGGAUGUACAGGAGUCCGUUGACCGGUCAGCCGGCGUUGGUUGUUGCGGCUGGUGGUGUCAAUGAUGGUCGCAGCUUGGCGGCGUCGUUGAUGCUGGGCGCUGCGGGUGUCUGGGUGGGUACGCGGUUUGUCGCCUCGGAGGAAAGUGGUGCGAGUCGCUUGCAUAAGGAGGCUGUUGUUGGGGCGCAAUACGGAGAGACAAAGCGGACGCUCGUGAUCUCUGGAAGACCGCUGCGUAUGCUUCCUAAUGAUUAUAUCAAGGAGUGGGAAAAGCGCCCUGAGGAGAUUGCCAGGUUGACGGCUCAAGGCAUCGUUCCGAUUGAGUAUGACUUCAAGAAUGACAGGGAUGUCGAUGUGCCGUUUCUGAUGGGUGAUGUUUCUGCCAUUGUUGAAGAUGUGAAGCCGGCGGGACUGAUUGUCCGGGAAAUGGUCGAACAGGCUGUGGAUAUGCUGAAAAGGGGACGCUCUUAUAUCGAAGGCCCGGCGACUAAGCUCUGAUUGAUUACCAACGAUGUCUCCACCAAGUAUUUUC